AUGUCCAAAGAAUACGACGUCCACCACACAUUCGACAGCCGAGAAGAAUACCAGCGCCCCAUCACCAGCGCCGACAUAAGCGACUACAUUCCCCUGCAAGCCGGCCGCGAAAAUAUAAACGAACCCACCCCCUUCGACGUACUCGAAUGGCUCUCCGUCUUCUACGGCCAGAAAGUUCCUCCGCUGCCCGUGAUUCGCGCGCGGGAUAUCGAAGAAGUUCCCGAUCAGCGACUCCAGGAGACAUUGGAGGAGUAUCAGCUCUUUACCCCGACGGUGCGGGGCGUAAAGUUAAAUCCCUUUACCGAGAUUGGCAUUGAGGGGUUUCCGUUGAUUGAGGAUACGAGGUUUAAUAUCGUGCGCAGCUAUCCGGCCGAUGAACAGUAUCAGGGUCCGCAUAAUUUGAUUUGGCUGGUGUCGAAUUCGUAUUGGAGAGCGGUGGCCUGGGCCAUCUACGGCAACUGGGAACUCUGGCCGCAUGUGAAAUCCCAACACCGCAUGAUGUUGGGACAAGUACUCGCCACCCCCAAACAUCCCCGACACAUACUCUACCGGCGCCUGAACGAAAAGCGCAAAGGCCACAACAACCUCAACAUCAAAGAGCGCCUCGGGAUUCCCUACUGCGCGAUUCGACACGACGACAUCCAGCAGAUCACCGCAGACAUGUACGGCAUCUUCCUCGUCAUAUUCACCUGUCGACCCGCCGGCCAAGCAGCAAACAUCCCCGGCUUUGGCAGCGACCAAAAUCCACGACACUUUGCGCCGACCAUCCGCGGGGAGUUCAACCGCCCGCACAAAUUCAUCCGGCUCUCCAUCGGCACCGUGCCCGAGAAAUACAGAGAUUAUCCCGACGCGAGCCUGCUGCCCCUCUGGCAGAUGUACGAGCCAAUGAUGCUCAACAUGCCGAAUUUGCACCACUCGGAUUUCAAAUACAUACGUCCGACGUAUGAGAAUACACGGGAGUCACUACCCGUAGAUGCGUCCAUGCGGCCGAUGGCUUACGACGGAGUGAAUCAUCCGUGGAGGGCAAUAAAUAUUGCCUGGAGCGAAGGGUGGUAUAGUGAUUAUCAAAAGGGUAUUCCAGAUGCGCUUACACAGCCGGCGAAUUGGCCGGAGGCGUUUCCGCAGAAAGCAAUGUCCCUGACGAUUGCGAUGGGAUGUAUACUUUUGGGAAAGGGAGAUCCGAAGGAUCCAAGGUCUUGGGCUCAUGAUUCACGUAAGAUCGUGUGGAUAAAGCCGGACAAGCCAAAGAAAGUGGAAGAGGCAAGGGAAGAAAGUCCAGAAUUGUAA